AUGUUUCCGCGUGCGAUCAUCAAAAAACGAAGAGAACAACAAAACAAACACGCAAAACAGACUACUAUACAACAGUCGUCUCUCCAACAUUCAUUACCGACGCAGCAAAAUCGUCGACCACAGUUUAGGGUACCCUUUCAACAAUAUAGUUUUCAACGAGGUACAACGUCGAUUUUUGACUCGUAUACUCGUCUCGAUACUUUAAAACAACAGCUGCCAUUACCUACGCUUCCUAUACAACAAUCAAAAUCGCGAGAUCGAACACAUCGUUCUCGUACAACAUCACAACCGUUGAUAACGCUACAAAACCGUUUUCAUCAACUCCAGCAAUAUCAAUCACCGCCUCGACCAGUAUAUACAAGAAUUAUUCGACCAUCAAAUGAACCCAACAAUGCUCCAAUCAAUCAACAAAACGUUGUAUCAAGGAGAAAACCCGUCGUUACUAUAUUAUCAGCAUCUACAACUCAACGAAUUCGUAUCGCACAACUAAAAAAUCCAUAUUUUUAUAUAAAAAUUAAGUCGGAAAGUGGUGCCAAUAUAUCAACACUCCAUCACUAUAUUUAUAUCCAACACGGUCAACGUUUACUAAACGAUGCCACACAACUACUCAUCAUUAUUGGAACCAAUGAUCUAGGGAUACACCCGCGAAAACAAGUUAUAGACAGUCUAGCUACUCUCAUCGUCGAUAUUCAACAUCUAUACCCAAAUAUUCAGCGUGUCAUUGUUCAUGACGUUUUAAUCCGUACAAAAUUAUUCGGCGCGUUCAAACAAAGCCCACCACAUCUCAUCGUCAAUGAAUACAACAAUCGAUUUCAUCAAUUGUCCAAUGAAUUGAAGUUUCCAGUAGUAUCAUCACCAGUUACACAAGAACAUUUAUACGACAGACUUCAUCUCCGGGACAGAGCUCUACCUUUACUUAUUUCUACGAUAAUAUCGUGUUUUUCUUGUCCAUUAGGGACCAGUUUUUUGUCAACAUACAACCCUAAUCAGGGUAACGUAGUUCCAAAAGGUGCUACCGACGAUAUUAUUUUCUUAUCAACCCCUGUGACGGGUAACGAUAAUCAUGUACCCAUUAACAAUGGACUAGACAUCAUGGACGUUCAAACAGGACACGAUGAUGAAACACAUAUCGUGGUACCGAUAAAAAACGACACCACAGGAACCGAUUUUUUAAGGGACUUGCGCAACCAUAUUUCUCGAGACUUCCUCACUAAUCUACCGUCUGAACUAUCUAGUAUAUUUCCCGAUUUAGACAUAGUCUAUGCUUUACUCAAUUACGCGUUUUUGAUCCACUAUUAUGAUUUCAUGCAUUGGUAUGCUAAUGAAGUUUUGAAACAUUCACAACAUUAUGAGAGAGCUGAAAAAGUCGACUUUUUUUUCGCCAGACGGAUUGAGUGA